GCUUUGCGGCCUCCCGAGCGACGCCAUGAGCCCCCGGGUGUGUAAGAGCUGCGGGAGCUCGGACAUCGAUGUGGACCAGGCGCGUGGCGACGUCGUCUGCAUGGGCUGCGGCUCCGUGCUGGAGGACAACAUCAUCGUGUCCGAGGUGCAGUUUGUGGAGUCGGGAGGAGGAGCGUCGCUGGCCGUCGGACAGUUCGUCUCCUCAGAUUCUGGACCUGCAAAUCCGAGUUUUGGAGAUUCUCACAUCGCAGGAAUUGGGAGAGCGUCUCGAGCGCAGACUCUGCAGAAAG